GCGUGAAGAAAGCAAAUGGAAAAAAAAUUGUUGAACCAAAAUGUAGAAGGUUCCCGCCGCAUAAAAAUGGUGGCAUUACCCACAUCACUGCGUCGCGGCUUGAUCAUGCUGCUGAUCGGAAUGUCAGUGAUUGUGAUGUUCUUCUAUUGGAACCAAACAUCCCUGAAGCCAAUGUCCCAAUAUUCGGUGGGAGAGAAAACGAUGAAAAUAAAUCCGCCCGAGAAAACGUGGACGUACCGCUGCGUUGCCAAUCGAUGUGCGCGCGAACAUUUCGUAAAUGAUAAUUUAUACAACCGGCAGAAACGGGUGCCGUUUUUAACUUGUGCAAUGACGUGCGGUACAACGCCAAACAUAUGGCCAAUGCCUACCGGAAAAUCGAUCGGUAGCAGUAAAUCGUUAACAUUUCAAUCGCACAAUGUCCGAUUGCAAAUAUCGACGAAAUUUGAUGAGGUUGAAAGAUUGCUUGAGGAUGCGUUUGACAUAUUUAUGGCGGAUGUCAAGGGAAUGGAAUCGGGAAGUACGUUGAACGUGGAUGUGCAAAAGAAAUCCGGACCGUCUGAGUCGAAUAGUGAAAGAAAUGUUGAGCAAGACAGCGAUCAAGUUACUCAGAGAAGUCGAAACUGUGAUAUUCAAAAUCUAGAUGUUAAUGUUGCGGUUACUCGUAGCGAUGUUACGUUUGUGCAUUUAGAUAUGGACGAGAGUUAUAAUUUAACGAUAAAGAACGAAGAUACAUCAACCACUGUUGACAUCACUGCCAAUAGUUUCUUUGGCGCAAGACAUGCGUUUGCAUCGCUUCAUCAAAUAAUUUGGUGGGACGACGAAGACGAGCUGUUGCGGAUAUUAAGUACGGCUCAUAUUGAGGAUGCGCCUAAAUUUAGAUAUCGUGGCCUUAUGUUGGAUACAUCGAGACAUUAUUUUUCGACCGACACCAUUAAACGUACUCUAGUUGGAAUGGCACAUUCAAAAUUGAAUCGGUUCCACUGGCACAUAACCGACUCACAGAGUUUUCCGUUUCAAUCGAAACAUUAUCCCGAGUUAGCCAAAUAUGGAGCCUAUUCGAGUCAUGAAGUGUACACACCACAGGAUGUAAAAGACAUCGCUGAAUUUGCUAGAGUUCGUGGCAUUCAAGUUAUACCGGAAAUUGAUGCACCAGCACAUGCUGGAAAUGGGUGGGAUUGGGGCCCGAAAAAAGGAUUGGGCGAACUGAGCUUAUGUAUUAAUCAACAACCGUGGAGCUAUUAUUGCGGUGAACCUCCUUGCGGCCAAUUAAAUCCCAAAAACAACAACACGUUCCUGAUACUGCAAACUCUUUACGCUGAACUGUUAGAACUGACUGGUCCGACCGACUACUUUCAUUUAGGGGGCGAUGAAGUGAAUUUGGACUGUUGGGCACAACAUUUCAAUGACACGGAUCUGAGACUACUUUGGUGUGACUUUAUGCUUCAGGCAUUUGAUAGACUGAAAAAGGCCAACAAAAAUGUUAUUCCUCGAAAUGUGGCUGUGUGGUCGAGUGGCCUUACAAGUGGACCGCCAUGUUUGUCGAAAAAUAAUUUUGCUGUGCAAAUUUGGGGUGGCAGUACCUGGCAAGAGAAUUACGAUUUACUGUCUAGUGGCUAUAAUGUCGUCUACUCGCAUGUUGAUGCUUGGUAUUUGGAUUGUGGUUUCGGCAGUUGGAGACCAUCUGCAAGUGAAGGUGCCUGUUCGCCAUACAGAACGUUUCAGAAAAUCUAUAACCACAGACCAUGGGAACAUUUACGCCUUGAACCAUCGAAAUUGAAACAGGUGUUGGGCGGAGAGGCGUGUAUGUGGACAGAACAGGUUGAUGAAAACACCCUGGAUACGAGACUGUGGCCACGUGUUGGUGCAUUGGCCGAAAGAUUGUGGACGGAUCCUCCCGAUUUCCAUGACUAUGAAGUGGUUCCGAAAGAGGUGUUCAAUCGAAUGGCAAUCUAUCGAAAUCAACUGAUCGAAUUGGGUCUGCGAGCGGAACCCAUUUUCCCCAAAUAUUGUGCCCAGAAUCCCGACGAGUGUGGAUGACUCGACUAUGUCUAGUUCGAAUAACGGACCUAGAAAACGGAAUUUGUGCAUCCGUUCAUUUAAAUGGACGGAAAUAGUUCGAGUAAAAUUAGAGUUUAGGAAGAAAAGAAAAAACAAAAUUGUGUACCUCGUGCGUGGUUUGUUCGUGAUGUUCGUUGAUAUGGAGACUUUGACAAAGUCUUGUAUUACCAUAGUGAUAUUAGCUAAAAAUUAUUUUAAUUUGUCCAUUGAUUUCUACACGACAUAAAAGUGAAAUCUGAAUUGUGGAACUGAAACAGAGGAGAUGGAAAGGAAAUCACUUCGCAGAAGUGUUUAUCGUGGAACUCGGAAACAAA